AUGGGUGCAGUCUCACGCGACUCUCCACCAGCAGGAUCACAAGCGUAUAAGUCGCAAUCGUUAUCUUCACCACCUAAGUUUCCCAUAUAUAAAUCGCAAAUGUUAUUACAACUAACGCAACUGUACGAUCUAUUGACACCACCUUCAACGUCUUUUCCAACACUGAAGCAAACCACAUUGGCAGAACCGACUAGUUAUCCGGCGUAUACCAAUAACUGGUCUUUAAAACCACAUGUAUACCUUAUUGAAGUACCUCCAUCACUGACAAAAACCGAGAAUAAUGGUCGAACGACGAUUGAAGAACUAUUUUUUGACGAAAAUCGUCUGCAUGCAGCUGAAGCUACGCGGCAAAUAACUUCUCCAGAAACCACAACUUUCGCCUCUUCAACUUCAACCACCACGACCACUCCGCCCUUAGCGAGCAAAUUGUCGAACGGAAUUGUUGACGGUUUUUUCUCCAUUGCCAAUCGUGAUUUUGCGAACAGCAACUCUGUCUCAGUGGCACAAGAACUAGAGGAAGAA